GUCUUGAGUAGUGGUCAUUGAAAAUGUAGUCACAAAAUAUUGGUUUAUUGGUGACAUUCAGUGGCUAACGUAGUCUAGCUAAGCUAAGCUAAGGCGUUAGCUCUAGCAAGCUAGCGGGAGAUGUUGCUGCUUGCAAUGUGUUAACGUUAGCUAUCUGUUUGAUAAUGUCUGCUUUGCAGUGUUCUGGUCUAACUACAAUACGUGUUAACUGACUGAUAUAAGAAAUUAAAUCUAGAUCUGUUUGCAUGCUAACAGAAGUGUAUGUCUUCUAACCUAGGCGUGCAUUGACAACACACAACUCAAGCUAAAGGAUAGUCAUCUGAUGAGUAAACGGAGUAACCAGGCCACAGACAGAACAGGACUGCUGAGUGCCCUCUCGUCUCAGAGGAAAUGGAGUGCGUGAUGCCUGAUAUUACCACCAUUAAGACCGAGCACCCUGGGGCUUCGGACACGGACGACACCGGCGGUGCCCAGAACGUCGCCAUGGGAAUCAAGUUCAUCCUCCCCAACCGCUUCGACAUGAACGUGUGCUCGCGUUUCGUCAAGUCGCUCAACGAGGAGGAUAGCAAAAACAUCCAAGACCAGGUUAACUCAGAUCUGGAAGUGGCUUCUGUUCUGUUUAAAGCUGAGUGCAACAUUCAGACCUCUCCUUCUCCAGGGAUUCAGGUGCGCCAUGUUUACACCCCCUCCACCACCAAGCACUUCUCCCCCAUCAAACAGUCCACCACGCUCACUAACAAGCACCGUGGUAACGAAGUCUCCUCCACUCCUCUGCUGGUGCACUCCUUGUCCAUCCACCAGCUGGCUGCCCAGGGAGAAAUGGUGUUCCUGGCAAGCAGGAUAGAACAAGAGACUGUGAUCAACCUGCAGGAUGAGGAGGGUUUCACUCCUCUGAUGUGGGCUGCAGCACAUGGUCAGAUUGCCGUGGUGGAGUUCCUGCUACAGAAUGGAGCUGACCCGAACCUUUUGGCCAAAGGCAGGGAGAGUGCCCUGUCUCUGGCCUGCAGUAAAGGAUACACUGACAUAGUCAAGAUGCUCAUCGACUGUGGGGUCGACGUCAAUGAGUACGACUGGAACGGAGGCGCCCCCAUCUUGUAUGCUGUCCACGGGAAUCAUGUACGCUGCGUGGAAAUCCUUCUAGAGAGCGGAGCCGAUCCCACCAUGGAGUCCGACUCGGGCUUCAACGCCAUGGACAUGGCCGUGGCCAUGGGCCAUCGGAAUGGUACGAGGACACCUUGUAGAUCUUCAUGUCCUUCACUCUGCUGCUCUUAUUUACAUGAUCAACUACAACCCCAUUUCCAAAAAGUUCAACAGGUAAUGGAGGCCCACUUACUGAAGCUGCUGAUGGGAAUAAGAGAGUAAGAGUGGCUUGUCCUCGAGCACAGGGAGAUACUGGUGUCUCCACAAGCCAUCACUGGUAUUCUGGAUGGAUGCCAACACAUUGGGGGUUCGGGCCCUGGACAAUCGUGUAAUGACUCAACAGCACUGCUGGCUUAUCUAACCUCAUGCUUGGAUGGUUUUGAUGAAGCUUGUCACAAUGUGAAUAUUUAUGAAUUUCUAAAACAAGGAUAAACACCCGAGACAUGUAGCUUAAGAUAUUUUCCGAAACCCUAUUGUCAAUUUUUGUUUCUUGAAAUGCCAACUUCGGGCUGAAUAUCAUCAUAAAAGAGCUGAUGGGAAUCAGUCCAAAGCUACACGUUUGUGAAAUUAGUUGACCGACAACGUUCUCAGACCAUGGAAAGUGCUGUGUGUGAAUUCAUUUUGUGUUUGCAUUAAAAACCUUUUUUUUUUUACUACAAUAUCUGAAGUGUAUUGUAUAAUUGUGGUGCUACUUAUUGUAAAUUAUAAUAGAUUUAUUUAAUAAAUAAAUGAAACCGUCUUCAACUU